GAACACGGACAUUCCGUUAUUUUGUAACGUUUAACUACAUGGUUUACAUAAACAAUUAGUAUUGCACAACAGUCAUAUUAAAACAAAACAAACGUAAGAAAGCGGUUAUAGUGGAGUUGGGGCUGUGUUUCUAUUUUAUUUUUGUAAAUAUAUAGUGUAAAACAGUCAGAGAAAAGGCGGAAACAUUUUCUGGUGGAUGGUCAUCUUUAGCGUGGAAGAGAUCUGAAUCAAAGACAUUGGUCAUUGAAAGACCACCAUCUCGAUAACUAUGGUGACUUUGACAGUUUUUCAGAGAGGUUUUUUCUCGCAAGGACUUGUGCUAUGUUGUUUCAUAUCUGUUUUAAUAUCAACUGUGUCAACAGCUACUAUACGGUUGGUAAAUGGGUCACGGUCAAGUCAGGGUCGUGUAGAAGUUUUCCAUAACAACACGUGGGGCACUGUUUGUGAUGACAGUUUUGACAGUAAUGCCGCCUCGGUGGUAUGCAGAAUGCUGGGAUUUACUGGGAAUCUUUUUGUUGCCCGCGGCCAAGGCUUUUUUGGCCAGGGAACGGGGCAGAUCUGGCUCGAUGACGUCCAGUGUAAUGGGAACGAAACCAGCCUCUUCAGUUGUCGAGAAAACAAUUGGGGGGUGAAUAAUUGUGGUCACGAUGAAGAUGUUGGAGUGGACUGUAACCCAAAUCUUGACGCUAAUGUUACGUUGAGAUUAAACAACGGGACGUCGCAGUUUGAUGGACGAGUGGAGGUGUUACACAACGGUACCUGGGGAACAAUUUGCGACGAUGAAUGGAAUCAAAAGUCGGCUCAUGUUGUCUGUACAUGGUUUGGAAAACCAAACGCUGUAGCUGUCCCCCUUACCAACGCCUUCUAUGGACAAGGAAGUGGAACCAUCUGGUUAGACGAUGUCAUAUGUAGUGGACAGGAAAUAGGACUUGGGGCGUGUCAGCAUAAACCUUGGGGCCAGUCGAACUGCGACCAUUCGGAAGAUGCUGGUGUCAUGUGCUUACCUGCAAGUUAUCAAGCCAAUUUGACAGUUCAGCUGACAGGGGGUCUCAACGUAUACCAAGGUCGUGUAGAGGUCAACUUGUUUGGGAAAACUGGUACUAUAUGUGACGAUGGUUUUGACGAUCGCGAAGCGACGGUUGUAUGUAGAAUGCUGGGACAUACUAGAGGCGGACGCGUAAUUAAAGGCACAGGAUUCAGUAGAGGUUCUGGCCCGAUUUGGAUAGACGAUCUGAAUUGUAACGGUACAGAAACGUCCCUUACACAAUGUGUUCACAAGCCUUGGGGCGUAAACAACUGCGGUCAUGAUGAAGACGUUGCUGUCCAGUGUCUCACAGACAAUAUGCCUACCGUUCAAGUCCGUCUGGCAGGAAGUAACCAGGCCAACCAAGGUCGCGUUGAAGUCCUGUAUAACGGUGUCUGGGGGACAGUCUGCGAUGAUCGAUGGUCGCAAUCUGAUGCUGCUGUAGUCUGCAGAAUGCUUCAACAGCCUUUCUCUGGAGCUGCACCUGUUAGUAUGGCUGCUUACGGUCGAGGCACAGGAAGGAUCUUAUUGGACGACGUGGAAUGUAUCGGAACAGAAACGUCCAUUGCACAGUGCCGGAACGGUGGCUGGGGUCAAAGUAAUUGUGACCAUUCAGAAGAUGCCGCCGUUAUAUGCCAGAACUCGACGGUGAAAACAGGCAUACGCUUGGCUGGUCGAGGAUCGACACCAAGUUCGGGACGUGUAGAACUCCAGUACAAUGGCUCGUGGGGAACGCUUUGUGACGACAGUUUUGACAGUAAAGAUGCCGGAGUGAUCUGUAGUAUGCUUGGAUUACCCUCAGUUGGAGCUGUGGCUCGAUCUGGCGGGGCCUUUGGACCAGGAACGGGGCGUAUUUGGUUGGACGACCUGAAUUGCCUUGGUAACGAGACUGAUAUUGCCCUGUGUGGUCAUCGUGGGUGGGGUAACACCAAUUGUGACCAUACAGAAGACGCUGGGGUCGUGUGCAAUGCGCCACUGUCAACAAAGACCUCUGUCCGACUAGUCGGAGGAGCGUCAUCAAACGAGGGUCGCGUCGAGGUUCUCCACAGUGGGGUCUGGGGCUCAGUCUGUGAUGAUUAUUUCGACACAAAGGCUGCGACUGUUGUCUGCAACAUGCUUAACUUGACAUCAAAUGGUGCACAACCCCGAGGAAAUGCUUACUACGGACAGGGAAACAGCACGAUUUGGCUCGAUAACGUGAAAUGCUCGGGUAACGAGACAAAUAUCGCCAACUGCCAGCAUAAUCAAUGGGGAACAAAUAAUUGUGACCAUUCAGAAGACGUUGGUGUCCUGUGCAUUCAGGCACCACGUGUUACCGCCAGACUGGUUAACGGUUCCUCCACAUCAAAUGGUCGCCUUGAGGUGUUUUACAAUGGUUCCUGGGGCACAGUCUGUGAUGAUGGAUUUAACAACCUUGAUGCGCAAGUUGUCUGCAGAAUGCUUGGAUUUCAGACAGCCAGUAGCGUCCCCAUUGCCGGUGCCCACUUUGGCAGUGGUGCAGGACCCAUACUUCUUGACGACCUCAGCUGUACCGGAUCGGAAAUCAACAUUCAACAAUGUAGCAAUAAGGGCUGGUACACAAACAACUGUCAACAUAACGAAGAUGUCGGGGUUAUGUGUAAUUCAGUAUCCAUACAAUAUAGACUGGUUAAUGGAACAGACACAAACAGUGGACGUGUUGAGGUGAAUUUAGCUGGGACUUGGGGCACAGUCUGUGAUGACAGUUUCAACGCCAAGGCUGCUAAGGUCGUCUGCAAGGCACUCAACAAACCAUACCAAGCAGCUUUAUCUGCUGGUGCAGGAGCGUUCGGACCUGGAUCUGGAAAAAUCUGGUUGGACAACGUCAAUUGCUUCGGAAAUGAGAGUUCGCUGUUAGGGUGUGACACGAAUGCCCUCGGUGACAAUGACUGUGAUCAUUCGGAAGAUGUUGGCGUUUAUUGUAGGGAUAGCGCACCUAGCACGAACCUUCAGUAUCGUCUACGAGGUGGCCCAGGAAAUAACGAAGGACGACUGGAAGUGUUUUAUAACAACGCCUGGGGUACGGUCUGUGACGACAGUUUCAGUAACAAGGCAGCUAAAAUUGUCUGUGAUCAGCUUGGAGUGACAUACGUAAAAGCUCUGCUAGGUCAACCAGGCAAAUACGGCCCAGGCACGGGCCCCAUUUGGCUCGAUGAUGUUAACUGUUUUGGAAAUGAGACAACACUUCCCCAAUGCCGACACAGCGAUUUUGGCGUCAACGACUGUGAUCAUACUGAAGAUGUCGGUGUUGUCUGUGCAUCAAGUGCCCAGUUGAACAUCGGGCUCCGUCUCAUGGGAGGGCCUACACCAAGAAAGGGGCGUUUAAUGGUUAGCAAAAAUGGCACGGCAGGACCCUGGGGUACGGUGUGUGAUGAUGGAUUUGGCGUACCAGAGGCUAAAGUCGCGUGCACACAGCUUGGAUAUGGAACUGCCAUUGCCGUGCCGAUACCAAAUGCGUACUACGGCAAAGGAAAUGGAUCCAUUCUUCUAGACGACCUAGAUUGUGUCGGAAACGAGACGAAUAUUGGACAGUGUGACAGGAAACCAUUUGGCGUGAAUGACUGUGAUCAUUCAGAGGACGCCUCACUCAUGUGUCUCCAGCACUCUGGUGCGGGCAUAUCAGUAAGACUCACUGGUGGACUGAGUCUCCGUUCGGGGCGCGUUGAAAUCCGGUAUGCCGGUGUGUGGGGUACCAUUUGUGAUGAUUCGUGGGAUGACAGGGACGCCCAUGUCGUUUGUAGACAGCUUGGAUACUCGGGUGGAACUGCUUUAACAGGUGUCGGAACUGGCCGAGGGCCGAUAUGGAUGGACGAUCUUGAAUGUCAGGGGUCCGAGGCCCUUGUCCAAAAUUGUUCUUUCAAGGGCUGGGGUGAACACAACUGUGGCCAUUCGGAAGAUGCUGGAGUAAGCUGUAAUGACAACACUGUACAAAACUACACUGUUCGUCUCGUGAACGGUCCAAGCCGGUUUGAAGGUCGUGUGGAGGUGCACACAGGAAACACCUGGGGAACGGUCUGCGAUGAUAACUGGAACAACGCUGAUGCGCAAGUUGUGUGCAGGAUGCUCGGAGCUUCUACGGAUGGGGCUGUGGCAUUUGGACGAGCCAAGUAUGGACAGGGUAACAACACUAUCCUACUCGAUCAAGUAAAUUGUACGGGAACGGAGACAAACCUCGGUCAAUGCUCCUCGAAUCCCCCUUUGUUACAUAAUUGCGAUCACUCUGAAGACGCUGGUGUUCGAUGCUCAGGCGGACAAAGCGGAGGCUUGGUAACACAACUGCACGUGAGGUUGGUAGGCGGAAGCACGACACAAGAGGGACGUGUGGAAAUUCUCUAUAAUGGCACGUGGGGCACGAUCUGUGACGAUAAUUGGAAUACCAACGCAGCUAAAGUCGUCUGUAGCAUGGCUGGCUUACCAACUCAGCAAGCUAGAGCACGAAGCAGCGCCUUCUUUGGUCAAGGAAAUGGAACCAUCUGGUUGGACGAUGUUAACUGUGCUGGGAACGAGACGUCGCUGGCUCUGUGCGGACAUCGUAGCUGGGGAACUAACAAUUGCGGUCACUCAGAAGAUGCUGGUGUAGUGUGUGGAGGGACAAUAAAUGCAAGUCCUAUUCGACUGAGCAAUGGCACAACACGAUCAGAGGGUCGCGUUGAAAUAUUUCACAAUGGAACGUGGGGUACGAUCUGUGACGAUCAGACAAAUAGAAACUUCGCUAUGGUCGUGUGUCGACAGCUGGGAUUUCCUACGGGCAAUGUGGCUGUACGUCAGAAGGCCUUUUUCGGUGCUGGUGUAGACCCGAUAUGGCUUGAUGAUGUGAAUUGUCAAGGUGAUGAAACGGCGAUCGACGCCUGCAUGUUCCGACGCUGGGGUCAGAACAACUGUGGCCAUAACGAGGAUGUAGGAGUCAUUUGUAGCGUCCCAACUGCUCAGAUCCGGCUUGUUAAUAGUGGAAGUCAGCCUAACCAGGGUCGGCUAGAGAUUUUCUACAACAAUACAUGGGGAACAGUUUGUGAUGAUGGUUUUGGAACAGCGGAGGCGGGUGUUGCUUGUAAUAUGCUGGGAUUCUCUAGGGCUAAUGCACGAGUGGCCAGCAGUUCUACCCAGUUUGGUCAGGGGUCUGGCCCGAUCCUCCUGGACGACUUGAACUGCCUCGGGACUGAGUCGAACCUCCUUCAAUGCGACAACAAAGGAUGGGGCAUUAACAACUGUCAACAUUCAGAAGACGUUGGUGUAAUCUGUUCUAAUGCACCUGCAGCUUCUAAUGUUAGACUGGUUGGAGGUACAAGCCAGUACCGUGGACGUGUCGAGAUCUUACACAACGGGACGUGGGGUACAGUCUGUGACGAUGGGUUCUCUGACAGAAAUGCUGUUGUUGUGUGCAGGAUGUUGAACUACCCUACAGCUGGUGCUCAUGCUAUUACACGUCUCACCGGCUACCCGACAGCGCCAACUCAGAUCUGGCUUGACGAUGUUGCGUGCACAGGAUCUGAGCAGAGCAUCGCUGAUUGUACUCAUCGCACACCAUGGGGCUCAAAUAACUGUGGCCAUAGCGAGGAUGUGGGUGUUGUCUGCUCCUCUACACCACAGGGCACCACCACAACCACCGCCAGGAUCCCCCUGUCCACCCCACCAACUGGAUCAACGUCUGCAAGACUGGUCGGUGGAAACAGUGCAUACGAGGGUAGGGUGGAGGUUUUUGCCUUCAAUGAAUGGGGAACAGUCUGUGACGAUAGUUGGAACUCCUCUGACGCCUCUGUUGUCUGCAGAAUGUUGGGAUACUCUGGAAUUGGUGCAGCAGCAAGGGUUUCAGGCUACUAUGGUCAAGGUACUGGCCGUAUCUGGCUGGACAAUGUCCACUGUAGAGGAACAGAGGCUUCUCUUGCCCAAUGUGUGUCCAAUGGCUGGGGUGCCCAUAACUGUGGUCAUCAGGAGGAUGCGGGUGUCUCAUGUGUUUCCUCAACGGUCCCAGAUCAAUUUCUGCUGUUUACCGACACCACUAACAAAGCCAUCUUCCGAAUGGACAUGAACUCACAUAGCUACGUCAAAAUUCCAUUACCGAGCCAUAACAAUCCUAUAGCUAUCGAUUAUGACUACAUCGGAGAAAGAAUUUACUGGACGGAUGUGGGCCGCAAACUUAUUCGCAGUGCUUCGCUGGAUGGGAUGAGCUCAAAGACCAUCCGAAUAUUACCAAACAAUUCAGUAGCAGAUGGCAUAGCAGUAGAUGCUGUAUCCCAGCUUCUGUUCUACACAGACACAGGAAGUGACAUCAUCGCUGUCAUGACGAUGGACGGUUCCUUCCAGUCCAUAAUCAUCAACCAAGGCUUGGAUGAGCCGAGAGCCAUUGUUGUGGAUCCUACCAACAUGAGAGUUUACUGGAGUGACUGGGGCAGACAAGCCAAGAUCGAGUACGCUAACUAUGAUGGAUCUAACAGACAAGUGAUUGUCAACACGAGGCUAACUUGGCCAAACGGAAUCGCUGUUGAUGCCAAAAACAACCUGAUAUACUGGGCGGAUGGCGGAACAAAUACAAUAGAAAAAGCCAGUCUUGAUGGUUCUAACAGACAGACAUUGCAUGCAGAUAAUUCAGCGCAUUAUUUCGGCAUUGCUUUGAGUGGUCAGACUCUGUACUAUACUGAUUGGCAACAUAGCACUAUAAUGACAGUACCAACAUCAGGCGGCGUAUCGAGCACUUUUGGCCCUCCUGGGUUCGGCAGACUGAAUGAUAUACAUGUACAUGUAAACGGAGCAAAUCCAACAGGAACGAAUGCAUGCACCAAUGGUAGAGGAGGGUGUAGCCACAUCUGUGUACCUAUGGCGAAUGGGAACAAGAAAUGCCUAUGUCCCACUGGUCUUAGUUUGCAGCAGGGAGGCGUCACAUGUGGAAGCUCGCGCACCUGCCCACCACUUCAGACCAUCACAGGCGGGUCAAUCAGCCCUUCAUCUUGUACAAGUGGACAACAGGCACCUGGACAACUAUGUACAGUUGCGUGUAACCAAGGUUACCGUUUCCCUGGCAACCCACAACUCACAUGUUUUGGAAAUGGAAUGUGGAGUAACUAUGGAUUAACUCCAACAUGCAGAGAUGUUACCCCACCCACCAUUCAGUGCCCAAGUGACGUCACAGUGACCGCAAGUCAAGGACAACAAAUGGCAACUGCUACAUGGAACGCUGUAACUGCCACGGAUAACUCUGGCACGUCCCCAACCCUUUUCCAAAGUAUGCAACCAGGAAUGACUUUACAAGAAGGCGUUUACAGCGUAAAUGCUAUGGCAACAGAUGGUGUAGGACUUAUUUCAACAUGUACUUUUAAAGUCACAGUGAAAGUAAACAGAUGCACCUCCAUCGCCGCUCCCCAGAAUGGAUUCAUCUUGUCGGGGAUGUGUCCGAAUCACUAUGGCUCCGUGUGUCAGAUAAGCUGUAACCCCGGCUACACCCUUUCUGGUCAAAACCCCAAUGGUCAAAUCACAUGUACGCUUGAUGCAAACCAGAAUCCUAAUUGGGAUAAUCCUACAAUGACUUGCCAACCGGUAACCUGUCAAGCCCUCCCUGCGCCUCAGAAUGGCAAGAUCUCUGGCUGCACAGCGCCGUACCAGUUUGGGUCUGUGUGCCAACAACAGUGUAACUCUGGUUUUUAUCGAGCGCAGGGCACAGACAGUAGAAUGUGCCUCAGAGACGGGACCUGGUCUGGCCUCGCUAUUGUUUGUGGAGCUGGUGUGGGUUCCAAUUCGGCCCUGACUGGCGGCAACUCUGGAAGUGGUGGAAGCAGUAGUGGUUCAAGCUACACGGGUGUUACUGCUGCUGUUGUUGCAGGGGUGGUGCUGAUAGUGCUGAUUCUUGGCGGCCUUUUCUUUUUCUUUAGACGCAUGCAAAUGCAGGCAAUGGCAGGGAGUGGGGGUAUCCAAAUGGACUCGAUGGCGACCUCGUCCAUGUCUCGAUCCAAUAGAAGAAGCACUGGUGCAGCGGGCUGGGAAAAUCCAAAUUAUGAAGCAGAAGCUUGAGAGGACUGUCAUUUAAGUUUAACUUAACGAAGGGAGUGUUUUAUAUGGCAAUGGGAUAUAUUUGAAGGUUUCUGUUAUGCAAUAUAUUUUACUUUGAAUUUAGACAUUGGAUUGCAUAUUGAUAUUUUAAGUAUUUAAGGUGUCUGUUAUGAAAUAUUCUUGACUUGGGAUAUAUAUUUGGGUAAUAUUGGAAUAUGAAUGUUUUAAGCUUUUUCGGUUAUUUUAGAUGUUUUUUUUCUUUUAAAUUUAAUAAUUCUUUUCAUGUUUUGAACUAUAUAAUUGACUUCCGGACGUGCAAUAUAUAUGUAUUAUUGCAUAUUAGCUAGCGCAGUUGAAUUUCAUCUGUACAUUUGUUAAACACAUGUAGAUCAUAUUUGAAUUGAGUGGGAAGAUCAAUUUUGGUUGGUUCUUGUACUGUUAGGACUGCAUAAUAUCAUCUGAAAUAAUAUACAUUACACAUGAGUAGUUAGGCCAAUAUAAAUUGAUUGCUAAAUUUUCAUCCUUUUUUUAAUUUGG